AUGGCCGCCGUCCGUGUCCAGGGGCUGGCAGGGGGCGUCUGGAUUUAUGGGAACCAUCAGACAUGGCCCCCCCCCACCCCGAGAUCUUCUGUCCUCUCCGCCCUGGGCCGCUGGGCCACGGGGAGACGCGGGUGCUGCGCCCCCAGUACAGUCUCGGAUCGUAGGGGGCUGGGAGUGCGAGAAGCACUCCCAACCCUGGCAGGCAGCCAUUUACCAUCAUGGCAUCCUGGAAUGUGGGGGCGUCCUGGUGCACCCCCAGUGGGUGCUCACAGCUGCCCGCUGCAUGAAGUCCCAUUAUCAGGUCUGGCUGGGCCGACACGACCUUCUGGAAGAUGAACACACGGCCCAGUUUUUCCAGGUCACUCACCACUUCCCACACCCACAGUUCAACAAGACCCUCCUCGAGGUCCGCUCCCGCUCCCCGGGGGAGGACUACAGCCACGACCUCAUGCUGCUGCGCCUGGAGCAGCCCGCGGACCUGAGCGGUGCCGUGCAGGUUCUGGAGCUGCCCACCCAGGAGCCGCACCUGUGGAGCGCCUGCUACGUCUCCGGCUGGGGCAGCCUCCACCCAGCCGAGACAGAGAAAAUCCCCAACCGUCUGCACUGCGUGGACCUCGCCCUCCUGCCCACGCAGCUGUGCCAGAGCGUCUUCAUGGACAAAGUGACAGACGUCAUGCUGUGUGCCGGGCGCCUGAAGGGUGGCAAGGACGCCUGCAAGGGUGACUCAGGGAGUCCCCUGGUAUGUGGGGGUGUGCUUCACGGUAUCAUGUCCUGGGGCGGCACCCCGUGUGGCAGGGAACAAGUGCCCUCCGUGUACAGCAAGUUACUGCCUCAUCUCCAGUGGAUCCAGAGCACCAUUGCUAACUACUCCUGAACCCCAUGCCCCCCGACCCUAAUUGCCAUAUCCCUGCACUCCUAACCCCUCUUCCACCGUGGAUGCCCACAUCUCCCACCCCAGACUCCAUGUUCUCCCGCCCCUGACCCCAUGACCCUGAGCCUCUCCUCGCCCCUACUCUGAAUGGCCACGCCCCCCACCCCAGAACCCCAUGCCCGCCGUCCCCUGCUUGCCCUGCCCUCCCCCACAUCCUGCCCCCCAGUAAACUGGCAAA